AAUAUACAAAUUAAUACAAUAUAAAUUACAUUUAAAACAGUAUAUAUUUGUAUAGUAAUUGUAUUCGACAUAUACAUACAUUUAUUUUAAGCAGAUUUCAAAAUUAUCUUUUCUAAUCGUUUUUACUCAGGUAUCCCGGGGACAUUAGGAAAUAGCACACUACGUUUGUGUCUAGUUUUUGUUUUAGGCUAUGGUGGAGGGUGCAGUGACUGUAGCUGUGUUCGAUGUAAACAUAGCUGGUAACUCGACGGCGAAUGUCAUGUCAUAUUUACAAGAUGAGAUGCAGCCUGACACAGAUGCCAUGGCCCCUCUCAACCUGGUUCACAUACAAGCUAAUCUGGAAGAUGACUUGGUGAAGGAGGCACUGAAAACAGGAGUUGACCUCAGGCAUUACUCUAAACAGGUGGAGGGUGAACUCCAACGAAUUGAACAAGCUUCCAUCAAAGACUAUAUCAAGGAGAGCCAGAACAUUGCCUCUCUGCACAACCAGAUCACAGCCUGUGACUCCAUACUGGAGCGAAUGGAGGGCAUGCUGAGCGGCUUCCAGAGUGACCUCUCGUCCAUCAGCAGUGAGAUCCAGACUCUGCAGCAGCAGUCGGUCAGCAUGAACGUGCGGCUGAAGAACAGGCAGGCCGUACGCAGCCACCUCAGCCAACUGGUGGAUGAGCUGGUGGUGCCCGGAGCUAUGAUCCAGGUAAUCGUGGAUAGCCCGGUUACGGAGCAGGAGUUCCUUGAUCAGCUCCAUGAGCUCAACAACAAGAUCAAUUUUGCCAAAGAGCUCAGCUUCAAGGAGACUUUGGCCUGCUCUGAUGUCCAGGACAUCGUUUGUGAUACUACAAUUCCCUCAGCAAGAUUUUUUUGGUCAAAUAUCUGUGGUGAUAUACAGUGGGGCAAAGCAUGGAAAAUUGUUAACAAAUAUUGUAUCAGUAACAAAGUAAAGGAAGUUUCAUUUAAAAUGUUACACGGAAUUUAUCCUGUGAAACAUGUUUUGGAAAGAUUCAAGCUAAAUAUUGACUAUAACUGUGAUUUCUGUGGAAUGGAGAAGGAGGCCAUUUUGCAUUUUUUUUUGCCUGUAUUUAUAGUAGAAUGUUUUGGAUUGACAUACAGAAUUUUGUUACAAAACAAAAUAGGACGGUUGUACUAUUUAAUGGUUUUGAUAUAAUGAUUUAUUUCAGAAAUUCUGACAUAAAGAUGUAUAUUUAAUUCAA